AGGGGUUAAUUUUAAGUAGAUGUGUAGGGGUUUAUGAAUAAACAGUAUUGUUAGUGUUAGAAAAUGUUUGUGUUAGUGUGUUUAUUGCUGUGUGUGUGCGCGCGUGCUCAAGAUCAAAUUGUUGUUGAAGUCAUUAGGUUCCAGUACGAGGAGACGCAGACGCUGGUGGUCAACCGCUCCGUGGAGUAUGUCGUCGAGUUCGUUCCGACAGAGCAGCAAAUGUUAUGGCCGGCGCGAAUAACAGCUCACGUGUCUGCAGGCGAUGUGGCUCGUCCCGUGCUGCUCACCGCGCGGCAGCGCUCCGGUGCAACGACGUGGCAGCUCCCUUACUACCACGAGCAGCGGCUGCUGUAUGAACUCACGCGCACGCUGUGCCCCGACGGAGCGGGGGGAGAUCAGACAGACUCGGAACAUUGUGAUGGCAAUGACAAUGACGCACUGCGUGGCUUCACGCUACACGUGGGAUCGACGUGCGCCACGCCCGUGGAGGUGACGCUGCGCGCCGACCCGGCGAGGAACUUCCUCAUUCAGUACAAUACAGAUAGUACGUUCGUAAUUACAAAGACUGCACCUCUGGUUGCGCUGUACCGGUGGCCAGAGGACCAGGAUCGAGCAAGACUUAUAGUGAGCGCCGAAGAUGAGGUGUGCGCCACCGUCUCCGUACAGAACUAUACGUGUCCAAUCGCGCAGACGACUGACGCGAUAGAGAUGAUCGGUCUUAGGAUGACCGUGGAAAAGUCAGGAGCUGUGCAACUAUCGCGCAGCUCGUACCCAUACGGGUUCCUAGUGGUGGCCGUAGUCCGCGCGGACCAGAGGCCGUGCCGUGGCGACGAUACCGAUGAUGAUCUCGACUGGCUGAUAGAAGCCGCAUUAUGGGGCGAAAGGGACGAAAGACAAUAUGUGCCCACUACCAAGACUAUCACAUUCACUGUCAAGGCAGCGUUGUCCCGCGGACAGUACGUGUUAGCGGCUUGUGUGACGUUAGCAAUGUUCCUGCUGUUCUACGUAGCGUUCGGCGCGCUGGUGCUGGCGCGCCGCUGGGAGCCGCUGUCGCGACGCAUCGGCUCUCUGGCCGUGCUGGCUCCUGAUGUGACAGACGGGCAGCCGUCGCAGAUAGACGCGAGUGUCUCAGCCGCUUCACCCACACGACGACGAAGGGACUCCACGGCGACCUUUGACAGCAGCGACAACAGUGACACAGACUCAGACGAGGAGCGAACGGCCUCACCGGCUGCCUCACCAACGGCCCCUGCCCCACCCAUAGAAACCCCAGUUACCACGCCCGUUGCAACCAACCCACCCGCCAGUUCCACUCCUGCAGCCUCUGCUGAAGUUAUCCGCUCGACACGACAAGUCAACUCCACUCCUGUAGGUUCACCCGAAGUCAUCAUCCUAUCGGACGCUCCCGAUAGAUCCACUCCUGUGUCACCAGAAGUUCCUAUCUCUUCGCCAGGUGCUUCUCAACUAUCUACCUCCCCACAGGAAUCCACAACUGAUAGUAAUGGACGGGUUCUAAAUGAAAGUAAUAUUCAGAAUCUUUUUAGCCUUUUUUCUGUGUGUUAUUGUUCGUUAUUUGUUCAGUUGAUGAACGUGUCCGGUUCCCUGGACAUCUGCUACUACAACUUCCUAUGCGCACACCCUGCGGGCGCGCUGGCAGACUUCAACCAUGUCUUCUCCAACUUGGGAUACCUGCUGCUGGGUGCUCUGUUGAUGAUACAAGUGCGAGCGAGACGGCAACGACGUGUUAAAAAGCCCCGGCAUGAGGAGUACGGAAUACCAGCGCACUACGGUCUGCUAUCGGCGCUGGGUGCGGGCAUGAUGGUGGUUGCACUGCUUUCCGCCAGCUACCACGUAUGCCCCAACGGGCUCAACUUUCAAUUCGACGUGGCAUUCAUGUACGUGCUGGCGGUGCUGAGUAUGGUGAAGAUCUACCAGGCGCGCCACCCCGACGUCAACGCGCGCGCACACGCCACCUUCGGCGUACUCGCAGUGCUUAUUGCCAUUGUGGUGUGGGGCGUCCUGGGCGGCGGGGCGCUGUUCUGGGGCGCAGCUACGGUGUUGCACGUGUUCGCCGUGCUGAUGCUGUCUCUGCGCAUUUACUACGUCGGCCAGUUCCGCCUCGAGAAGCAGAGUUUGUUCGUCGCAGCUCGAGGGUUCCAACCUCGCUCGCGGCCAUUGUAUGCGGCGCGGCUGGUGCUGCUGCUCAUAGCCAACGCCGUCAACUGGAUGUUUGCCAUUUACGGGUUGUUCGUGCAGGCGGCGGACUUCGCGUCGCAUUUGCUGAACGUGUUGUUAGCGAAUACGUUGCUGUAUAUGCUGUUCUACCUCACCAUGAAGCUCAUGCACGGCGAGCGGCCGCGGUGGUACGCGUGGUGCUACCUGGGCGGCGCGGUGGCGGCGUGGGUGCCGGCGCUGUACUUCUUCAUGUCGGGCUCCACGGACUGGUCCGCCGCGCCCGCGCAGAGCCGGCACAAGAACCACGAGUGCAUGAUAAUGGAUUUCUACGACUCUCACGACUUAUGGCACAUGCUGUCGGCGGCGGCGCUCUACCUGUCCUUCGCGGCCAUGCUCACGUGGGACGACGGGCUGUCCGCCGUCCGGCGCACCGACAUCGCUGUGUUCUGAUCAAUAAACUGUUGCUCAAUA